ACAGACGUCGCAUCGGAAGUGAGUAAGCGCCGGGCGAGUUGUCGAAACAGAAGUCCGACAAUUGCUGCUGCAGGGUACGGUGUGCGUCGGCUUCAUCAUCACCAUUGCUGCUGUCGACGAGGACUGAAUCCACACGGUAUGGCAUUAUCAUCACUGCCCCUGUCCCGGUUCAGGCGAGGCACUCGCGGACACGCCGGCGAGCGCUACACGUCCUCUGUCGCCACUGAUGGGCAAAGGAAGGAAUACACUUCCGGUGUCCGCAAGGACGUCACAGCGCAGUCGUCACCGCCACCACCAUCUCCAUCGGCCUCACUGCAAGCGAUUCUUGGAAUAUCGGACGCACAGGCCGAGAUCAUAAGGAGCUCGGGACAAACCACCAAGACAGGUUUCGAUCACCUCAUUUCCGUCAGCGAUGGGGGCGCCAGGCCAGGUGCUAGCGUAAGCUUUACCCAGUCGUGGCCGCCCCCUUCUUCCUGUUUCCCCAGAUUUCUGCUCCACGAACUCCACGCGGCUCCGGAAGAUGUGAAGUCUCUCGUGCUUCGAAGGCCCGUCGUUCUCGGUUGGUCAGCGGUGGCUGCGGGCAAGGUUUCGCGAUGGCUCCAGGAUUGUUUGGGGAUGAAGCAAUCCGAGGUUGCGCGGUUGCUUCUGAGGCACCCAGAAACGGGAACAAAAAGCGUCGAGAAUACCGUGAAACCCAAGGUGGAGUGGCUACGCACAAACCUCAACAUUAACGCAGCGGACGACGGUGGUGUGGUCAAACUGCUCUUACAUGCACCGCCGAUCUUGAAUCUGAGCGUUGAGAGGUCUUUGGAUCCUAUGCUGCGGUGGCUGGAGGAACGUUUGGGGGUCUCGAGUGACGAGGCGGCCAAGAUCGCUCGCGAGAAUCCGACCCUCUUCUGGCUCAGCGUGGACAACAACCUCGAGCCCACUCUGAGGUGGCUGCUUAAGCGGCUGGACAUCAAGGACGAGGGAAUCGUCCUCGCGAUGGUAGCAGCCGCUCCGAAGAUCCUCUCGUUGAACACCCGCACCGGGAUAGAGCCCAAGCUGGCUUGGCUGAGGGAUAGCCUGGGCUUGAAUCCCCAGGACGUCUGCGAGAUCAUCCGCAGGGAGCCGACCAUCCUCUACAAGAGCGUCGACGACAACUUGAAACCAAAGCUGGCCUGGUUAAAGAAGAACCUAGAUCUCGACGAUCAGGCGGCUCGGGAGAUGUUUGUUGCCUUCCCAAGGAUGUUAGGGUCGAGUCUCGCCGAGAACCUUAAGCUCAAGAUCCCGUGGCUGCAGAAGUCGCUUGGUUUAGACUCCGGAGAGGCGGUAGCCUUAGUAAAGCGAGCCCCAGUGCUUCUGCAGUACAGCAUCGAGGAGAACCUAGAACCGACGGUUUCAUUUUUUCGGGCGGAGAUGGGCGCCUCCAUGGAGGAGCUAAGAGGUUCAGUGCAGCGGAACCCCAAGAUUCUGGCUUACAGCUUGGACGGGCGGCUUCGACCCCGCGUGGCGGCCAUGCGAACAAGAGGGAUCCAGCCAAUUUUUUCGAAACACCUGAACCCCGUUAUCCGUUGGCCCGACUCCAAGUUCCAAGGAUUUUUAGAAGGCUUCGGGAGUUGAUCUCGUGCCCAGAGAAGGGACAUGUAGAUCCUAUUUUUCACUACCAUGCCUUGAGCUGUGCUCUGUGCAUUUAUUACCGAAAUCCCCUUCCACAUGUAUCAGGAAGAGUUCAAACCGUCCUACAUCUUUGUUUUGCUCAAAAUACCAACAGUUGAAAUUUCGUGGUUACGUGUCCCCGCGAGGAAGGGCGGGCAUUGCUUGGGUCAGGGUGUGUUUGAGAACUAUCAAAGAGUGUUAAAGACGUCUGUACGGAUGUUCGAGGGUGCUGAGCAGACAUCUGGACGGUUUGUAGUUUGACAGUCGACAACAACUACACCAUCGUUCCAUAGGCAGUGCCGGAUAUCCUCUGAAAAACAUAUUAUUCGUCAUUUGUCGGGUUGUCCCAGGUGGAGAGUAGGUACAUUUUUUUAGUGCAUGCCUAGUUGACUUCUAAGCAUGUGGCUGAAGUAGGGGGCCUUUUGUAACCUCCUGCAACAUGAACCUGACACUG